AGAAACUAUAAGAUAAAUUUUAAGGCACAUGUGAGAUGGCUCUGUUAAAAAUUAAUUGCAAAUAUGUGGCAUUUUUAAUCCAUAGAUUUAAUCAGUGUCAAUAUUAAUGACACAAGCAAUGGUAACUUUCAUGGGCAUUGAUCUGGGAACAACAUCUGUGAAAAUAAGCAUUGUACAAGAUGGGAAGCAAGUGGCCUCUGUCUCUCGCCCCACAAAUGCAGGUGCAAAGAGUGUUAUAGGGAGUAAUGGUUUUGAACAAGAUGUCGCUGUUAUACUGUCAGAAACACAACAAUGUCUGAUGGAACUUCCUCCUGAAAUGCUUUCCAAAGUAAAAAAAAUCUGCAUCACAGGCCAGAUGCAUGGAGUGUUGCUUUGGUCCUCAAAGCAAGUGAAAGAAUUUUACAUCAAAGAAAAGAAGUAUUUUCAUAUCAAGAAUGUAAGUCCACUUUACACAUGGCAAGACCAGAGAUGCAAAGAAGAAUUUCUUGCUUCUCUUCCAAAACCCAUUUCCCACCUGCCUUUGUCAACUGGUCAUGGAAAUGCUACCAUAUUUUGGUUGUCGAGACACCAGCCCGACUUCUUGACCAGUUUUGAUAGGGCAGGGACCGUGAUGGAUUUUUUGGUGUGUAUACUUUGUGGAAUGGAAUCGCCCAUCAUGUCCAAUCAGCUUGCUGCCAGCUGGGGAUAUUUUGAUUCUAAGGCUGGUUGUUGGAAUAAAGAGUUAAUGGAACAGGCUUCAUUUCCAUGCUACCUGCUUCCACAAGUGGUGGAGCCUGGUGAAAUAGUUGGCACCCUGCAGUUUGAUUGGUUGACAAUAGAUAAGGGAACUCCAAUCUUAGUCGCUCUUGGUGACACACAGUGUGCCGUGUAUUCUGUUCUAAAUGAACCACGUGAGGCAGUGCUGAAUAUGGGAACAUCUUGUCAGUUGGCUUUCCCAGAAUUCCUUGAAACAGUCCCAACAUUCUCCGAGCCCACUUCCCCUAUACAGCAUUUUCCAUACUUCAAUAAGCAGUAUUUGGCUGUGGCUGCAAGCUUAAAUGGUGGAAAUGUUCUCUCUCAAUUCGUCAAAAUGAUACAGAAGUGGAUUGAGUGUUUUGGGUUUGUCAGGAGUGAAGAAGAAAUAUGGAGUACCCUUUUCCAGAUAUGCUCAACACCAAGUCCAAGUGAAGGCUCGAUGAAUGUCAUUCCCACAAUUUUUGGAGAGAGGCAUGCUCCUUUACAAUUUGGAGAAGUUUACGGCAUUACCUCCAGCAAUAUGGACUUACACCGUGUGUUUGAAGCCGUUUGUAAAGGACUAGUAUCUAACUUAUCCAAAAUGAUAUCUUCUGCAUAUCUAAAAGAAAAGGGGAUUAAAAAAUUACUAGGGACCGGAUCAGUGAUGCAUAAAAAUCCCAUAAUUCAUAGAGAGGUGAUGACCCAAUAUGGUGACCUUGAUGUUGUAUUAAGUGAUCAGUGCGAUUCUGCACUAGGUGCUGCUUUGUUCUGCGAGGCUUCUGACAGAUUACAGGAUUCGAAAUUUAACUUUUCCAAGCACUAGUCCGUACGGACUAGUCACCAUUGAUGUUCACUAGUCCGCAAACAUUUCACUAGUCCAUCCAGUAUAUCAUAUAAAAUGAUCCUAUAAAUUCAUUUUAUUCAAUGGUAUUUUAUCAAACCAAACAUCUAAGAGAAUUAGAGAAAAAGCUAAAUUCUUAACCAAUUCAAGAUUGAUCCUGAUUUUCACAAGUCCAUAUGGACUAGUGCCAUAGAGAGUUUACUAGUCCAACAUGAAUUUUACUAGUCUCGGACUUAUGGACAUGAGGUAAUUUCGAACCCUGGAUUGUGAUGUAAAAGUGAAACAGGAAAUACUGUUGAGUCAUUUUAAUUCGUGGGGAUCAAUGUUCGUGGGUAAGCAAAAGUUUGCUGGUUCGUGGUGACGUAAUUUAGUGGGUAAGUGAUACAAUGUCAUAAGGAGAGAUAAGUCUACUUGAUAUAAAAGAUGUUGGAGGACAUGUAAAUUCAUGGGUAGGAGUGACCCACAAACAUCAAUCUCCCAUGAACAAUGAUGAUUCCACGGUAUUUACAUUCUGCAAUUCAUGACUGAUACACAAGAAUAUGAUGUGCAUCGUUCUUUUUUCAUCUUCACUAAAUUAUAAUACAAUUUACAUGCAUAGGUACAUCAUUUAAGUUUUCAUUUCAAAUUGUAUAUUGUUCCAUUGACCGCUUUGUUGAAAUUAUACAUAAAUAUGUAUAUUGGUGAUGAUAAGGCCAGACUCUUGUAAUUGAAGUGUGAAAGUUAGCACUAUAGCUUUUAACGAUGCUUCAUGAUUAUGCAUGUAUCAUUGUCAAGUGGAAUCUUUUCAAGACGAUGUCAUUAAAUAUAUAAAUGCAGAGCUUUCA